AUGCCGAGUAUCGUCUAUGCCUCUAAUGCAAGGAAAGUGUGGAAUGAUUUUCAGGAAAGGUUUGAUCGAUCAGUCUUGACAAGGAUUUAUCACCUUUGGAUAGCCAUCGCAACUCUAAGGCAAGGUACUGACUCUGUUACUAGCUAUUUCUCUAAAAUAAAGGACUUGGGGGAUGAAUUAGAUGUGUUAGUACCACUGUCUUCAUGUGACUGUGAAGAAUCUCGACCCUCAGUUGAACAUCUGAGAUCUCAACGUUUGUUACAAUUCCUUAUGGGGCUAAAUAAAAGCUAUAGCAACAUAAGGAGUAAUGUAUUAGCUAAAAGGCCUGUUGUGACCGUUAAUGAAGCCUAUGCUAUAUUCACUCAAGAAGAAAGUCAGAGGUCUUUAGGUGUUGUUGAUACAUAUAGGGAACCACUCAUCAUGUUUGCAGGGAGAGGUCGGGAUUUUAGAGCAAAAAGGUCCGAUCUCAUUUGUGAAUAUUGUGGGUAUAAAGAGCAUCUUAAGGAGAAUUGCUUCAAAAUAAUUGGAUAUCCAGCUGACUUUAAGAGUAAAAAGAAGAGUCAGCCUGGACGAAGAAUGGCUUAUGCUAACAAUGUGAAUACAAACCAUGAGGAAGGGAAACCAACGACUGUGCAGGUACAAGGAGCAUGGCGGUUCUACACAGAACAGUACCAACAGCUGGUCAAGUUGUUGUCGAAAACAACAACUGCAGAAAGCUCUAAUAACUUUGCAGGUAUAGUCUCACUAUUAUCCAAUGCAGAUGAUCAAGGGAGACAUGGAGUGCAGCUUCCUACUGGAAGUAAAGCACAAAUAACUCACACAGGAGAGGCUUCCAUAUUAGUAAAUAAGAAAGAUCUUUAUAGUGGCAGGGUGAUGGAGACUGGUAAAGAGAACAAUGGUUUGUACUUGCUUAAGGAGAAUAUAAUACUCAUUCACUUAGAUGUUUGGGGACCUCACAGAAUACCUACAUAUGAUAGGAAGCACUACUUUGUUACUAUUGCUGAUGACUAUAGUAGGUAUACUUGGGUGUGUUUGAUUCAGUCAAAGAAUAAAGUAUUAGUUGUAAUAAGGAAUUUUGUUGCAGUGAUUCAAAAUCAGUUUGGUAUAACUGUGAAGGUGUUAAGAUCGGACAAUGGUACUGAGUUUUUUAAUUCUCAAUGUAAUGAAUUGUUAACUUCCUUGGGGAUCAUUCAUCAGAGUAGCUGCCCAUAUACCCCUCAACAGAAUGGUACAGUUGAAAGAAAGCAUAAGCAUUUAUUGGAAAUGGCAAGAGCACUGGAAUUCCAAAGCUCAAUGCCAAUAAGAUUUUGGGGAGACUGUGUAAGAACAACUGCCUAUCUGAUAAACAAAUUGCCCACAGGAGUAUUACAAGGGAAGUGUCCAUAUGAAAUGCUGCAUGGAAAAACAGCAAGAACAGAUCACCUAAGAGUAUUUGGAUGCCUUUGUUCUGCAAGCAAUUUACCUGGAGGAGAUAAAUUUUCACCAAGGGCAAUGAAAUCUAUUCUCAUUGGUUACUCAGAAACACAAAAGGGCUAUAGGUUAUAUGAUCUGGAAAGCAGAAGUGUAUUUGUUAGCAGAGAUGUAACAUUUAGAGAGCAUAUCUUCCCUUUCAAGAAAGGGAUGCAGAUUGCAAAAGAUCUUUUCCCAAGUGAUACACCAUCAGUUGUUCCAGAUGAGUUCCUGCCUGAACAAGUAGUUCAUCAUCCAAACACUGAAGAGCAGAUUCCAACUGAGGAAAUGGCAGUAGCAGACUCAGAAGCCAUUCUAGUAGUAGCUGAUUCUGAACAAGCAUGA